AUGUUUCGUCGUGUUGCCGCUCUCCCAUUACUCUCCCAUCGUGCCUUGGCUGCGGGUUACUUCACCGCCUCUCCGGUGCUCUGCCAGGCCGCCGCCUCCAGCGGUAGUGAGACCCACACAGACAACACGAAUAGCAACAGCGGCAAUCCCACACGCUGGCGCCGCCCUUCACUCGCCCAACAACGUGCCCGCCGUGCACAUCUCCCACCCGCCUUUGAUGUUGUGCACUGGAAUGAUGAGGACAUGAGCCGCGGGCAUCUCCUGCGGGUUCUCCACCGCGACAGUUUCGUCGUGCUGGACUACCACCGACAAAUAAAGAAGAUCGGCGAGGAGGGAAAUAAGGCGGAGCGGGUCGUCUCCGUGAUGCUCCCGGCGGUGUACACCGCGAGAUUCCUCAGUGUCCUUGAGGGACGAUCGGAUAAGGUGGAGGUGCACUCACGCUUCACAAACGCUGUCUUUGCUCCAAAGAAUGGAGUUCCACAUGUGUUUACGCUUAACUGCACAUCUACAAAGCCACCACAGCAGCAACAACAAGGUUCAGAUAAUGAGGAGAAGUUUGAGUGGGCAGUCGAGUUUGAUCCGGCAGAGUCCCUUAUGCUUCACCGAUUCCUCUCGCAGGCACUGCACUAUAACACUGGCUUUGCUAAAACAACCGUAUAG